AACAUGCUCUAUUUUUGGGUUUGACAAAGACUCUGGCAUGUGAGAGUGAUUUGCACAAAGAGUGGUGAAAGGCGGAAUGUAAUAAGACAGACAUAAGCACAAGAAAAGUGGAAUGUUGAAGGAGGGAGAAAGAUUGCUAGAAGGGCUGUGGGGGGAGGUGAGGGAGCUAAGCCUGGGAAACAGGAUACAAAGGCUAGACUCAGCCCCAACCCCACUCCAAUUCCUAAGAGACUUUGUAUCCCCUAACAAGCCUUGCAUCAUUUCUAAUGCCAUCUCCCACUGGCCUGCUCUCACCCGUUGGCCUAGUCUCUCUUAUCUCUCUUCCACCCUUUCCAAUUCCAUCGUCUCCCUUCACCUCACCCCAGAUGGCCGUGCUGAUUCCCUUGUUCCCCUAGAAAACCCUAAAAAAGAAGAAAUAUGCUUUGCCUCUGCUCACGUUGAGCGUGUUCCUUUCCCUAGUGCACUGGAUCUUGUUCUGAAUUCAGAAAGAAAAAAUCUGGUCGCAUACCUGCAGCAGCAGAAUGACUGCUUCCGGGAAGAAUAUCUGGCAUUGGCUUCAGACUGCGAUGCCCACAUCCCAUGGGCGACUGAGGCACUGGGAGGCAACCUUCCGGAGGCGGUGAAUCUGUGGAUUGGAAACCAUUUAUCUGAAACUUCAUUCCACAAGGACCAUUAUGAGAAUCUGUAUGCUGUUGUUUCGGGGGAGAAGGAAUUCUUGCUUCUUCCUCCUACUGACAUGCACCGCAUGUACAUUCAAGAUUUCCCAGCUGCUCAGUAUUCUUAUUCCAGUGACAGUGGAGAAUUUAGAUUGGAGUUGGAGAAGCCAUUGAGGUACGUGCCAUGGUGCAGCGUGAAUCCUUACCCAUCUCCAGAGACUAAGGAAAUUGAAAUGUCUAAAUUUCCUCUGUAUUUCAAUGGUCCGACACCCUUUCAUUGUACUGUCAAGGCUGGCGAGAUUCUCUACUUGCCAAGUAUGUGGUUUCAUCAUGUUCGACAGAGUCCAGAUGACAAUGGAUGCACUAUUGCCCUAAACUACUGGUAUGAUAUGCAGUUCGACAUCAAGUAUGCUUAUUUCAAUUUCUUGCAAUCAAUUCAUCAUGGGUCAAGAUUGAUGAAUUGCGAUCCAUCCAAGUGCACCUUGAGUGAUGAACUACGUAUCGAUGCUAGUGAAUUGGAAGUCAAUCAAGAAGAUACUAAAGACGGAUAGGCUUUGAUUUAUUUAAUGUGGUGGGUGGUUUCGUCAUCCAAUCCAUUUAUGGAUGAACUCACCAAGCAGAAUAUGCAGAGAAAAUCACAACAAAGACAUUUGCGCUGUUUCUGUCACAUGCUAACGUUGUCACCAUUGAUUCUUGCAACUUCGAUGCUUAUAAUCAUUUUCUGGUGUUGUCAUCUUACAAGCUUCAACGAAGAAAAUAUAGAAACAUCACGAAAUGUUAUUAUCU